GCCAGUCAUUGCAUUCGCUCUGUUUUUCUUUGCUUCAGAAGACAGGAAGCUGUUCGUCGGGAUGCUGAACAAACAGCAGACGGAGGAGGACGUGUACCGUCUUUUCGAGCCCUAUGGAGUCAUCGAGGAGUGUACGGUGCUAAGAGGUCCGGAUGGAAAUAGUAAAGGCUGUGCCUUUGUAAAGUUCUCCACACACGCUGAAGCACAGUCUGCAAUCAGCGCCCUGCAUGGCAGUCAAACCAUGCCAACUGGCUCCGAUUCUCUCCUCCCUCAGGGCGCGUCGUCCAGUCUGGUGGUCAAGUUUGCCGACACGGACAAGGAGCGCACCGUCCGCCGCAUGCAGCAGAUGGUGGGCCAGUUUGGCAUCUUCAACCCUGCCAUUGCCCUGCCCUUUAGCACCUACAGCACCUACGCGCACGCGGUGAGUACCCUUCCUCCCCUCUGGGGGACUUGGCGACUCUGGACCCAACACUUUCCAAUUUCGAUGAUCUCAUUGCCUCAUUCCUGCAUGCCCAAACAUCCUCACUCAUGUGCCCAGAGUGACUCAGAAUAUUCCAUAGGAAAAUCUUCACUUGGUUAUUAAUAGCUUGCAUCGGGUGCUUCGGUACCUCGGGGAGGUUGAAAGGCAGUCGAGAGGCUGAGUUGGUGCCUAAUAUUCAUUCAUGAGAGACACUAAAAAAACAGUUAGUUUCUAGUUAGUUCCUCCAUAUGGAGUAGACAGAUAUACAUAUAUUCAUGUACUGAUAGGCAUAGGCGAAUAUUUCUCGUAAAUGCCAGGAUUAAUUGUUAGAGUCGACCCGGCCCCUCGGGGCUUAUCAUUCACACUCAUUUUCAUAUCACAGACGUGCGGGGGACAGCGGAAGAUGUGCGUACGGACAAUCUCACAGUAACUGCCAGGCCAGUACGCAGGAAAAAUACGCCCUCAUUGGCAUUCAUGAGAUGCGGAGCGUCCGCAGGAAAUGCAAAUGGUCCGAGAGCGGC